GUCAUGUCAGUUGUGGAUCCGCGGCGUUUCAACAGAGCGUAUUCAAGACAGCGCAGUACUUACUCGAAGUGUUCCCAGCAAUGAAAGCCUUUGUGUGUCUCCUGCUCAUCGGAGCGGCCAGCGUGACGGCCAAGCCGAAGCCUGGCGGCAGUAGCGGCGGAGGAGGUGGCUGGUCCUCGAGUGGUGGCGGCGGCGGAGGUGGUGGCUGGUCCUCGAGCGGUGGAGGAGGCGGUGGCCAUGGAGGCGGGGGAGGUGGUGAUAUCCAGAUAAUCAAAGUGAUCACUGAGAGCGGCGGAGGCGGAGGUGGCGGCGGUGGAGGCUGGCAAUCUGGAGGAGGAGGCGGUGGAGGAGGAGACUGGUCAUCUGGCGGAGGAGGUGGUGGAGGAGGAGGCUGGUCCUCUGGCGGAGGCGGAGGUGGCGGUGGUGGAGAUGUCAAGCUCAUCAAGAUCAUUAGCCUGGGUGGAGGCGGCGGCGGUGGCGGUGGACACGGCGGUGGCGGAGGCGGAGGAGGCUGGUCGUCCGGCGGUGGCGGAGGAGGAGGAGGCUGGUCGUCCGGCGGUGGCGGAGGAGGCGGCGGUCAUGGAGGUGGCGGCGGCGGCGGUACCAAGGUCAUCAAGAUCAUCAAGCUGAGCAGCGGAGGAGGCGGCGGUGGUGGCCAUGGAGGUGGUGGAGGCGGCGGCGGUGGAGGCUGGUCCUCAGGGGGCGGUGGAGGCGGCGGUGGCUGGCAACCAGCCGGCGGCUGGGCCUAAGACUGAACUGAAUCCGCACCUCAUCUGAUCCUGCCCCAAAGUCCGAGCAGGAGACGGAGCUGGAGUCGGAUCAGAUCGGGGCCAGCAGAGCAGUCUGUAAAUACUGUAAAUAUCCAAUAACCGUUCUGUUUUUUUUUUGUUUUCCUGAAAUGUUACUAAAUUAUGAAUCAAUUAUAUAGCAAAUUGCAUUUGCUUGGCAAACGUUUUGCAUUAUAUUCUUGGAACAUGGCCAAUAGAAGCAAUAAAUCUCGACCCAACUGUUA